AUGGGAGAUGCAUCGCCAGACGAGACGGCCACAAGUACGCGCAUUUUCGUGUCUGGCCUGCCUCCCAAAUUGACGAGCGAUGACCUACGCAAGCAUUUUAGCCACAAAAGCGAUGCUACAGAUGCACAUGUUUUCCCAGAUCGCCGCAUUGGCUUUGUUGGCUUUCGCGACCACGAAACAGCCAGAGAUGCCGUCAGAUACUUCAAUAAGUCAUUCAUACGAAUGUCAAAAAUCGCUGUGUCAGUAGCGCGGCCCAUCGAAGUCAAGAGAGAUGCCAACGGUCAGGGUGCUCCAGUCUCCAUGCGGCGGGACAAGAUCCCAAGACAUGCCGAUGCCAAUGUCGCAAAGAAGCGGAAAAGAGAUGCUCGCGAUGACGGGGAAUCAGAGCGUGGUGCGCAAGAUGCUGGACACGUGAGCAAUUCCGAACAACCGCAACAGCUCGACGAGAAUGUACUGCCUGCAGCUGGGAACGAGGAACCGUUUGAAGGCUUCGCUUCUGACGAGGAAACUACGGAGCUCGAUCGCACGCAAGCAACUGUAGCGACGUCCGACAUGGACUGGAUACGUGGCAAAACAAGCCGCACGCUCGAUCUGCGAGAACUAGACAGUGAGCCUGUGGUGUCCAGGUCUUCACGGGACAUCCAGCCGUUGUCACCCCCAGCUACAGACCAGGAGGACGCUGGCGCUGAGAUCGACUCAGCAGCGCCGCAAACGAACGCAGACAGCCCAGUCGCCGUACCCAAUGGUCGCUUGUUUGUGCGCAAUUUGUCCUUCGAUGUUUCUGAUGUCGACCUUGAGUCGCUGUUCGGGUCGCACGGCCAGGUCACAGAGGUACAUAUCGUUAAGGAUAAUCGGACGUCGAGAAGCAAAGGCUUGGGCUUCGUGCAAUUUGUCGAUCCCGAGGAUGCAGCGAAAGCGCUACACGAACUUGACGGUCAGUCUUUUCAGGGCAGAUUACUGCACCUGCUCCCAGCUUCCGAUCGAAAGGACCAGAAGUUAUCCGACUUCGAGAUCUCAAAGCUGCCUUUGAAGCAACAGAAAGCGCUCAAGCGGAAGUCUGGGGCUACAACUCAGACCUUCAGCUGGAACUCAUUAUACAUGAAUCCUGAUGCCGUGCUAUCGUCUACUGCGCAGCGGUUAGGUGUGUCAAAGGCGGACUUGCUUGACCCUUCGUCUACGGACGCAGCUGUGAAGCAGGCACAUGCGGAGACUGCCAUCAUUCAGGAGACAAAAGAAUACCUGCGCAAGCAGCAGAUCAAUGUCGCCGCUUUCUCGGAGCGUCUCAGAGACGACAAGUCUUUGCUCCUGAAGAACUUUCCCUACGGAACCACGUCCGAAGAGUUGUCAGCAAUGUUGGCCAAAUUUGGUUCACUGGAGAAGUUGGUACUGCCGCCGUCAGGCACAAUGGCCAUCGCUCUGUUCCUGGAGCCUCAUGCAGCAAAAGCAGCUCUCAAAAGUUUGGCAUACACCAACCUCAAAGGUUCAGUCUUGUACCUGGAAAAGGGGCCCAAAGGUUUAUUUGACGUUACUAGGGAUGAAUCUACGGCACCUGAGGCGAGGAAUGCUGUUCCUGCAGAAGAGCCCUCGGAGUGGGAGACUAAGGCACAAACGUCAACAAUCUUCAUCCGCAACCUCAAUUUUGCCACUACGACAGCUCGUUUGGGCGAAGUGUUCAAACCGCUAUCCGGGUUCUUGUCAGCAAGAGUAAAGACUAGAACGGAUAAAGCUCGACCCGGAGAGACCCUCAGCAUGGGAUUCGGCUUCGCAGAGUUUCGCACCAGAGCCCAGGCCGAGGCAGCUAUUGCCACAAUGAAUGGCCAUCGUCUAGAUGGUCAUGAGCUUCUCGUCCAGCUGUCCAACAAGGUCCCAGACGCUGCAAAGGAGCGCCGCAAGGAGGAUAGCUUGAAGAAAGCUGAUUCGGCGAAGACCAAGAUCAUCAUCAAGAAUCUUCCGUUUGAAGCCUCGAAGAAGGAUCUGCGGGCCCUCUUCGGUGCCUAUGGCCAACUACACUCCAUCAGAAUGCCAAGGAAAUUUGACAAUUCUGUCCGUGGGUUUGCUUUUGCCAACUUCGCAUCAGCGAAAGAGGCCACCUCUGCCAUGGAGGCAUUGUCCAGCACUCACUUGCUAGGUCGCAAACUUGUACUUGAUUUCGCUGAAGGAGAAACAGACGAUCCUGAAGAAACUAUAAAAGCGAUGGAGAAAAAGGCCGGUCGGCACGAGCAUCUUGCGAAUGUCACCAAAAUGUUGUCAGGAUCGGCCCGCAGAAAGUUUGCAGUGGAGGACAGUGCACGAGACGAUGAUGCUUAG